AUGUCAGCAGUGCGAAGGUCUACAAGGCAAAGGACGAAAUCGAGUGUGGGGUCUUCAGGUGAACAGGAUGCAGGAGAAGUGGUCGUAGAUACUAAUACUGUGGUUGAUGAGGCCCUGAGCGACGAGGACCAGAGCUCCGAUGAGGAGGAAGAUGUUCAGGAUGAGGAUUAUGAAGAGCCCUCAAAUAUCAAGAAGAGAAAAGCCACUGGUCAAAGGAGCAGGCCAGCGAGUAAGAGAGGAAAGACUGCAGGGUCCAAUACUUCCAAGGGCGGAACCUCCUCCGCAAAUUCUAGGAAAGAUCAGGUGGAAUUUUUGGAAAUAGUAAAGGGUUUUGAACCAACAGAAAUGUUUGAGAUCUUGGCGACUUCAGAGGGAAUCUCCAUUGACGAAGUUGCAAGAGAUUGGUUAGACACUUACAGAGAGAAUAGAGACGUUUUCGUCCAAGAAUUUAUCAACUUACUGCUCUGCUGCUGCGGUGCAGUAGUUCAUGUGGAGGAACAUGAUGUACAUAGCAACGAGUCAUCGAACAAGACUAUAGAGGAAGUACAAUUGAUGUUUCAAAACCAAAAGAUUCACGAAUUCCACUUAAUGAUAAGCAAGAAUAAUAGGAAAAAAUCCAAGUAUCCCCAUCUAUACGAGAAUUUCGUUGAGCUAAUGUCGCGGCUUAUGGAGGUCGCAAUCAACGCUCAAUUGAUAUGCGAGGAAUCAACGGAAGAAGGUGGUCAGAUAGUCACCGGUCCUUUCAUCGUCGAUUUGCUAACAUGGUUAUCGUCAAUUUCGGUGUGCAAACUGCGGUGUCUAAGAUACAUCGCCACCCUCACACUGUAUUUGUUCCAGGAUUACCUGACAGAGCACGUUGUAGAUUUGGAGAGUAGAUACCUUUCGAAGCUUACGAAACAAUUGAAGAUGGAACAACGGAAAAAGAGACCCAACACGAAAACUGUGCAAAAAUUGGAGUCUAAUAUAGAAGAGUAUCAAGGGGAAAAAAUGGUCUCCCGUGACAUUAUCGACAAUAUUAUUAAACUGUGCUUUGUUCAUAGAUUUAAGGAUGUGGAUAGUACCACCAGAUCUUUGUCAAUGAUACACCUUUCGCUCUGGAUUCAAAACUACCCUGAGUAUUUCAUGAAAGUGACUUUCUUGAAAUAUUAUGGUUGGCUCCUAAGUGAUUCAUCGGCUGAAGUUAGGUCUCGAGUUCUCAGAAUUCUACCACAAUUGAUUACUAGGCAAAAUAACGAUCUUGUUGACAACUCAGCUCUUCGUCAAUUUUUCGAAAGGUUCAAGGAAAGAAUUUUAGAAAUAGCCCUAAAAGAUGAAAUACUCGAUGUAAGACUUCAUGCCGUAGGAGUCCUCACAGAGGUUGCGGCGCUGGGAUAUUUGGAAGACUCUGAGGUCUUGACAAUUUCAAGUUUGAUUUUCGAUGAUAAUGAAGUUAAGGUUUCAUCUCGUGGUAAGAAUUCCAGGUUUCUCAUGGCUGCCGCCAAGUUUUUUGCUCAAGUGACUAGUGAGAGAAUAGCGGAGUUUACAAACAGCCAUGACACACCUAAUGAACUUUUCGAAAUGACAACUACUUCAUUAAUCAAGAUCGGCACUUUCACAAAGCUUUUAAAUGAAUCCCUCGUAUUUUAUAUGAAGGAGAACACUGAUGUCGAUUCUGGAAAAAGAGUAAGUACAGUUUUCCAGGCCGCAGAAUUUCUGUAUCCAUUUUUCGGUUCACUUAUUGAAGACAUGUGCCGAAUGCUGACGUAUGACGGUGAAUUUGACCACCCAUCCUUGAGAACAGAGAGUAACAUGAAUGAAGAUGACGAGGAAGUAUAUGAAAAUCAAUUGCUCUUGCCCAGCGAGGGCAAUGGCAACAUUUUAUAUGUCACCAUUCUCUUUGGACUCUGUUAUGGUGGUUGUAAUUUGAAGAGCCAGCCCAGAUUUGAUGUCGCCGAAGCCGUCUUGCCACAUUUGGACAAACUCAUGACUCAACUACCUGUCCAAUCGAGUAAUAUUCUUUCUUCACUUACAGGUAUCUUCAAUCUCUUUUCAUUUGAAGACUGGAUCCAUACAGGCUAUGAAAAGAGCAUCCGCAAGACAUUGGACAAAAUUGUGAGGGCAUUCUCAGAAGCAAGUUUGAGUUGUUCACCGACAGACUUAGAAUACAAAUCUCUCUCAGAGACCGUGAAGCACACCAAACAAUUGAAUCUUGAUGAACUCAAUGAACCUUGGCAAAAUCAAAUCGUCCAUUUGAAGAUUCUUCUCGAGAAAUUUUUAGAUGAGAGACUAUUGGACCACAGCGAGGGCUUUGAGGAGCAUAUAACUGUCCUAUCCACAAUGUUCACUAACAAGUUGACCUUGUUAGGGAAGUUUUAUCCCAUAGAAUUUGAUCCAUCCUUGCUAGAUAAAUUGCUGGAGAACUACGUGUUAAGGAUACCGUCAGAGAAGCAAAAUAUCCAGCCUGCUGUGGCAAGAGAAAUGAAUUUGAACGUCUUGACUUUGCUUGCCACAUGGAAGGUUCAAAAAUGGACUGAAAUACCGGAGAAGAGAUUACCAACGAAUAGUAAUCUGUCAGUACCUCGCUCUGAUCUACAAGCAGUUUCCAAAGUAAUAAAGUCGCUAGAUAAGGUGCUUCGACAAUUGAAUGAUGGUGACGAUUUUGCGAAGGAUUCGAGCAAUGUCGCGCUCAAGUUAGCAGUUUCCGAUCCUUUACUCGAUGUUUUGGUCGCUAUAAAAGUGGUUGAACUAGGGCUCUCACAGUCCGAAAGGUCUUUAGAAUUGCAGCUUUUAGAGUUUUUCCCAACACAGCUAUCGGAAUCCACUUGCUCAGCGCUUUUAAGCAUAUUUCUAUACUUGGAGAGUGCGUAUGCACAAAAAUCUGAAAUUCAUCUGGACAGAUCUCCCGAAGAGCAUGCGAAUCUCAACGAUCUAGAUGACGAGCUAAUUACAAGUGACUGUGAGCAGCAGUUAUUGAUCUUCACAAUCAAAUUAAAAGGUCUGGUAAAGUUGGGGUUAUUGCGCGGGCACAUUGCAGAAAGAAUUGCAUUAAACAAGGACAAGCUAUCGCCACUUUUCACUCAAGUUGUUGACGAUAGCAUCUUUGAUCAAGCGAAGAAGGGCAAAUAUGUGGGGAAACAGUCCCACAAAAGAGCGCCUUCGAUUGCUGAAGAACCUGAUGAUAUCGAUAUGCUGCAGGAUGACCCUAUCGAUGAUUCUGAAAUAUAA